UGGUGCUUUUUGUUAUGUACUUUUAUGUCUUGGGAGUGAGAAAGAGAAAGAGAAUGGGUGAUGCAAAGGAAGAUGAAGUUCUGAACUCAGUUCACUCCACCGUCUUCAAAGAAUCAGAAAAACUCGAUGGAAAGUGCCUCCAGAUUCAGGGCUAUGACUUCAACCAUGGCGUCAAUUAUCCCGAGCUUCUUAGGUCCAUGCUCACCACUGGUUUUCAGGCUUCCAACCUCGCCGAUGCAAUCCAAGUUGUUAAUCAAAUGCUAGAUUGGAGACUGGCUGAUGAACCCAUAACCGAGGACUGCGGUGAUGACGAGAGGGAUUUGGAUUAUCGAAAAUCUGUCACAUGUAAAGUGUUUCUGGGUUUUACUUCUAAUCUCAUCUCCUCUGGUGUUAGAGAUACUGUUCGGUAUCUUGUUCAGCAUCACAUGGUUGAUGUAGUUGUUACAACUACAGGUGGCAUUGAAGAAGAUCUUAUAAAGUGCCUUGCACCAACGUAUAAAGGAGAUUUCUCUCUACCUGGAGCCUAUCUGCGCUCAAAAGGGUUGAAUCGAAUUGGUAAUUUAUUGGUCCCUAAUGAUAACUAUUGCAAGUUUGAAGACUGGAUUAUUCCUAUUUUUGAUCAGAUGUUGAGAGAACAAAACAAUGAGAAUGUUAUGUGGACACCAUCUAAGUUAAUAUCACGAUUGGGAAAAGAGAUAAACAAUGAAAGCUCUUACCUUUACUGGGCAUACAAGAACAACAUUCCAGUUUUCUGUCCAGGCCUAACCGAUGGAUCAUUGGGGGACAUGUUGUACUUCCAUUCCUUCCGCAGCCCUGGUCUGAUUGUGGACAUAGUUCAAGAUAUAAGGGCCAUGAAUGGUGAAGCUGUACAUGCAAGUCCUAGAAAAACAGGCAUGAUCAUUUUAGGGGGUGGCCUUCCAAAACAUCACAUUUGCAAUGCCAAUAUGAUGCGUAAUGGUGCAGACUAUGCUGUUUUUAUCAAUACUGCACAAGAAUUUGAUGGUAGUGAUUCUGGAGCUCGUCCAGAUGAGGCUGUUUCAUGGGGAAAAAUCCGAGGAUCUGCAAAGACUGUUAAGGUACACUGUGAUGCAACUAUAGCUUUCCCCCUGCUGGUUGCUGAAACGUUUGCCUCAAGAGUGAAAUCUCCAUAGAUAGAGGUUAAGACAAAUUUUCCAUCAGGUUAAUUUUAUUGGUAUUUGAUUUGGUAUCAUUUGAUUCCUAUGGUCCCCUUAGCAGAGUAUACCAUAUAGCAUUUUUUUACCAUUCAAAUUUAAUCCCAAUAGCAUUGGGAGUCAGGAAUUAUAGAUGUAAUGCUCAUUUUCUUUGGAACUGUUUUUUCUGAGUUUAUGAGAUGGGGAUGAUUGUAAUAUCUUUAUUUUUCUAUUCAUAAGCAAUUUUUCU